AUGGUUCGCUUAGCAGUUUACGGUGGAAUCAGCACUCUAUUGACACUCUCGAUUAUCGCAGCUGCAUUUCGUCAAAGACCUAAUUUCUAUGCAGCGUGUAUAUAUUUGUCUAAAUCUAGUGCUUGCAUUAUGAUUUUAAUGAAUAUGGGUUUUUUCCUAACGAUAAUUUUGGGUAAAAUACUUCAGACGAUAUUUUUCGGACGUUUACGUGCUGUUGAAAUUGAGCAUUUAUACGAAAGGUCAUGGUAUGCUAUCACCGAAACAUGCUUAGCCAUGACAAUAUUCCGAGAUGAAUUCAAUACUAGGUUCGUUGUAACGUUCACGACUUUAUUGUUUUUAAAAACAUUUCAUUGGUUAUGUCAAGAUCGAGUAGAAUUUGUGAAAAUUGGUUAUAAACAGAUGGAACAGUCACCAGCUGUACCAAUUUCAUUUCAUGUGCGGAUGGUUUCAUUAAUGAAAAUAUUGGUUGCAUUUGAUUUGAUUUUGGCAUCAUAUGCCAUUAAUGUAACAGUGCAAAAUGGACCAAAUAUGAUGAUAAUGUUUGCAUUUGAAUAUUCCAUUCUUGCUGCAACGAUAGUGUCUACUAUUUUCAAAUAUACAUUUAAUGUAAUUGAUAUGAGACGUGAAGAACCAUGGGAGAAUAAAUCAAUAUAUGUUUUCUAUUUGGAAUUGGUGAUUGAUUUCUUUAAAUUGAUUGUAUAUCUUAUCUUUUUCGCUAUAAUUCUUGUAUCAUAUGGAAUCCCAUUACAUAUUAUAAGGGAUGUUUAUGUAACGCUUCGAUCAUUUCUUCAAAAAUGUGGAGAUUUAGUACGAUAUCGUCGUGCUACUAGAAAUAUGAAUGAACGUUAUCCUAAUGCUACUAACGAGGAACUUGAACGAUUAAGCGAUCAUAGACCUCAGUCUAGGCAAGGAAGCAAUAAUAAUUUGGGAGAUGUACCUAAGAAAUUACCUUGCGGACACAUUUUCCAUUUUCAUUGUUUAAGAAGUUGGUUAGAAAGACAACAAAGUUGUCCAACUUGUCGGAGACCUGUCUUGGAACAACCAGCACCCGCGGCACAACAGCAGCAACAACAACGUCCCAUUCAGGCACAACCUGUCCGAUUCAUUGCUAACGCAUUCCCAGCGUUUCCUGCUGUAAUGCUGCCACCUCCAGCGAUGCAUGGACAAUUUCAUGGACAAUUGCCUAUGGCUCCUAUUCCUCUAGCAAAUGCACCUAAUAUGGGUGAACAAGCUAAUGGUAUAAAUCAGAAUAUUCCACAACCUCCACAACAAAAUAAUCCACAAGAGACGCAGCCACAAAAUUCUCAGUCCAAUAUUGGAGAUAGAUCGACAACAGAGACACAUGAGGAAUCUAGUUCAACAUCAUCUAGUACACAAAAUCAAAAUAAUUCAACACGGAGACCUAAUCAACCAGUUACAUCUAGGAUACACUGGGAUCAAUCAUCGUCAGCUUCACGGACAUUUAAUAAUGCACAGCCAUCAAUGCCUUUUCAACCUAUUAAUUUAUCACAAUUGCCUAUGCAAAAUACACCAGGAUUAAUACCACUUUUCCCAGUUCUACCGCUAAGAAAUAAUGGUAUAGAGAAUAAUAAUAAUUUAAAUGCUUCAACAACAACAUUGGAACCUUUAACGGAAGAACAAAUUCGUUUAUUGGAAACAAAUACUCGUGCAGCAUUUGAGGAGAAAAUAAGAAUAUUACAAGAAGCACAAGUACAAAUUUAUAAUGUUAUCAGCGUGCUUACACAGGCUGUCAGUGCAUUACCUAGUAUCCCAACAUCAGAUGAUGAAGUUAAAGGCAACAAGGGUAAAGGAAAGAGUGUAACAUUGACUGAUGAGGAUGAACUAUAUGAAAAUCGAGAUUAA